AUGCGGCGGCUCUGGUUUGACGUUCGCCGAUUGUGGUGCUGCUGCGUCGGCCCUCGUUAUCGACCACCGAUCCGAUUCGACUGUUGCAUCCAGAUUUGUGGCUCUGGUUUGACUGGGGCGACCGUCGCCGACCAAAGGAGAAAAAAUCUGAAAAGAAUUACGGCGAGAAGCUUUUCAAGUGUUGGGGGCGGAUGUGAAUUGAAUCUGUCGUUUGAUGAGCAGAGAAGGAGUUUGUCGUUUGAUGACCGAUCAUUCGAUGAUGCACGAGGCGGUCGUAGUGGACUUGAACUCAAAGUCCUUGAACAUCCCGAAGGACCCGAACCGCCUCUUUUAAAUGAUUUGUGCGAUGAGAGGCGACUUCCCAUUCCGGGUCGUAAAGCACGGAUUCCCAGGGGCUCCUUUCGCCUUGUGAAGUCCGCAGCCAUUUUUCUUGAUGCUAUUGAUAAAACCAUCGGGAGGAAGGAGUUUAUCCCUCAAGAAUCAGAUAAAGCUCAGUAUCGAGUAGAAAUGGGCACGAGUCAGAGCUGA